UCCACUGAAUAAAUCAUAGGAGCAGGAGAUGAAAAGAAAGACAAAAGGGUACCCUACACUGAAGGCUUUCUUAUCCCCCUGAAAACGCAUUUUUCAAGUUUCCUCCGAUGCUGUUCCUGCAAACAUGAUGAACAAGAACCAAUAUGUUUUCCUCUUUCCUUCCAUAACUCUCUGCAAUGCUGACUGAACAGUCAAAUCACACAAACUCCAACCCAUGGACUCUCUCUUUUCUCUAACACCCACACGCCCACCAUUCCAUUGCACUCGUCCCUUCACCUCCCUCACUCUUUUCGCGCCCCCUCCACACACAAAACUUCCUCAAACUGUAAAAAAGGUGCGUGCUUUGCAGCCCCGUAACAGCGGCCACGGUUGCUUGCAGAACGGAGGGUUGGGCGUGGCUCUGCUCAGCAGCGUCACCGCCAACGCCAAGCUUCGGAUUAGUCCCUUCGUCGCCACGUUGGCGGCAAACCCCACCUUUGUUUCGGGGCUGCUAGCGUGGCUCAUAGCGCAGUCCGUUAAGGUGUUGCUCAAUUUCUUCUUCGACAGGAAAUGGGAUUUCAGGCUCCUCUUUGCGUCCGGGGGAAUGCCCUCUUCGCACUCCGCCCUCUGCACCGCCCUCACCACCUCCGUCGCUAUCUGCCACGGCGUCGCUGAUUCCCUCUUUCCGGUGUGUUUGGGGUUCAGUCUUAUUGUCAUGUAUGAUGCUAUUGGCGUUAGGAGACAUGCUGGCAUGCAAGCUCAGGUGCUUAAUUUGAUAGUAGCUGACCUGUUUCAAGGGCAUCCAAUGAGUGAAAGGAAGCUCAAGGAACUUCUUGGUCACACUCCAUCUCAAGUCUUUGCUGGUGCUCUGCUUGGCUUUUUAGUGGCUUGUUUCUGCUGUCAAGCUUGUGUAGUGGGAGCUUAGGUGAUUUCAUUGCCAAUUUUGGUCAAACUCUAUUGAUAUCAUUGUUUGCCCUGAUAUUACCUUCUGCUAUAUGACAUGGCCUUCUUAAUCACUUCACUGUAUCUAAAGACAAAAAAUAAACUUCAGUAGAUGUAAAUGAGAUUUUUUUUUUCCUUCAGUUUCUUACACUUGAAGGCUCACCAUUGAAUUCCCUAAUGGAAUAAAAUCCUUGAG